GGCUCUUUAUUUGUGUAAUGUCAGAGUGUCGGAGAUUGACGCAAUAACUUGCUGUCCUAGCUUCGAGACCAGAUACCAAAAAUAACUUGUCAUUCAAUUUGUAGGAAGAUGAUGUCCUGAAUAAGAGUAGAUUGUGCCAUGGAUCUCGACUUGCAAUGGGAAACUGGUUAAUGGAAAGUUUUGAGAGAAACACUGAAGCCGAACCUGCCAAGAUGCAUUAUACUUGCAGAACAAAUUGAUAACGACGGUAGAGUAAUGACAAAAAAGUGAGCAUUCUGAUGACGAGAAUGAUGAAGUAUUAACUUAUUGUGUUAAUCAUUUUGAAUUAUUCCAAGCAUUGGGCUGCAUACAAGACAGAGGCCAAAUGUAGGCUUACUCAGCUUGAUAAAAUCGGAGGGCAAAUAUUGAAAAGGAUUUUUUUUUAAUCGCACCAGACAAUGUAACAUGGCUAUAGAAUGAUGGAGGUUGAGGAUCAGGUCCAACCAUCCUACCACCUUUCAAGAAAGGAGAAAUUCAUGCGUUAUUUCCGAAAGUUUAUCCAGUGGUUAUUUUCGUAUGUGGGACUAACAGCAAUUCUUGUUGGAUAUUUAUUUCUUGGUGCUAUCGUCUUUCAAGCAAUUGAAGGACCUGAAGAGCAAAGACUCAAGCAUGUGAUGGUGAUGGAGAAGACAAAGUUACUAAAAUCAUUCUACAAUAAAUGCACUGAACUAAACUACACAGACUGGCAAAAAUACGCUAUUCAUGAAUUGAACAAAUUUGAUAUGAAGACGAAUGCAAAAAACGGCACUAUGGGCAGUCAGGAUCGUGGAAAAUGGGAUUUCUUUGGAUCAAUGCUUUUCUCUCUUACAGUUGUAACAACCAUUGGCUACGGUCACAUAGCACCCAUGACGAUUCAUGGUCAGGUGAUCUGUAUAAUGUACGCACUUAUUGGGAUACCACUUAUGCUACUGGUUCUAACAAAUGUUGGUAGAGUUCUUGCAAAUACAGCUAGACUCCUCUUUAGGAUGUACUCUAGUCAACUAUGCAAGAAAGUUCGAUGCCAGGACAGACGAAGCCAGCAAAGAAGAGCAAGCAAAAGAAAGAAAUCUAUACAAAUGUCAACAAUGGCUUCUAUAACGCCGUAUAAGUUCGAAACAUACUGUACUGAUGAUGAUAGCAGCAGCAAUGAAGAAGAGGCAGGAGGAGAGAACAACAACAAUGAAGAAGAACCAAUACCCAUUGGCAAGUAA